UUAGUUUUACCUCAACUCGAUCCAACGUUGAGCUCGCCUAAAAAUGCCAUCAAAUAAUAGUUCAUCGAAGGGACCAGUAGUCCCUGACUGGGUUAAGCCAGAACUUUUUGAACAAACACUUAAGGACACUGUCAAAAACUAUAAGAAAAUAUUAAAAUUUAAAGUGAGUCCCGGGACACGACCGGGUGAUAAUUAUGUCACCAUAAUGCUGAGAGUGGAAGUAGAUGUCGAACUAACAGAUAAUACGACUAAAAGUAUUUCGUACAUGCUCAAAACUGCACGCAAGUCAGCAGAAUAUGGAGAGACUUUUGGUAAUAGCGAGUUUAAUAUAUUUGACACUGAACGGGACAUGUUCACAAAUGUUGUGCAGGAGUUCAAGGAUAUGUAUAAAAAGGCUGGACUUGAAGUUGAGUUUGGUGCCAAAUGCUAUAAGCUCGAUAUCAAGGAGGAUCACAUUAUACUCGAAGAUUUAAAAGCCAAAGGUUUUCGACCAACUGAACGAUUGGCGGGCCUGAACAAAGAGCACACAUUGAGUGUCCUCAAGAAGUUGGCCCAAUGGCAUGCCGCUUCGGCAACUCGAGUGGCCGUUAAAGGUCCUUAUCCUGAACACUUGAACAAAGGACUAUUUACAGAGGAGGGAAAAGCUCUUUUAAAAGGCCUGUCGGAGGGUGCGAUAAAGUAUAUACUAAAAUCCUAUGAAACAAUUGAAGGACAUGAGGUUUACUAUGAGGCGGUGAAAAACAUGAAAGAGCACAUCAUGGAUCACAUUUGGCAAGUGGGCCAAGUUGACCCCAAUGAGUUCAAUGUCCUUAAUCACAAUGACUGUUGGCUGAGUAACAUAAUGUUUCAAUAUGAUGAACAAAACCAACUACUGGAUACAUAUCUGGUUGAUUAUCAGUUGUGUAAAUAUGGAAAUGUGGCUCUCGAUUUACUUUAUUUCCUCUUAUCAUCGCCCCGUGUGGAGAUCAAAAUAAAAGAAUUUGACUAUUUUGUAAAGUUCUAUCACGAUCAGUUGAUCGAACAUCUACAACUUUUAAAAUAUCCCAAAAAGUUGCCCACUCUAAUUGAAAUACAUACACAACUCUUAAAAUAUGGUGUAUGGGGUUUUAAUGUAACACUAGGCGUUAUGGCUGGAGCAAAUCUUGAAGAUGUUGCCGGUGCUGAUUUUGACAAUCUAUUGGCUGAAACGCCAGAGGGAGAUAAAUUCCGUACUCAACUAUAUGCCGGAAAACAAUAUAAAGAACAUGUGAAGAUAGUACUACCUUGGCUGCUUAAUCGCGGUGCCUUGCACUGUCCAAAUAUUGACAAUGUCUUGAAGUAGAUUGUGCUAUUAUAAAACAAAGAAGACUGAAGUAUUGUGUUACCCAAUUAAACUUUAUGUAACCGAUACAAUAAUGACUAUAGCCGGCAAAAAUAAAAAGAAUUUAAACUAAAACUGUUAUACACAUA